AAAUUUUCGACAAAAAGUGUAUGUGACAAAGUAAGCGCUUGAAAAUUGAAAAUUGCUAAAAUCAAAAUUCCAAACAAUUGAUUUGAGUGUUAAUUUUCAAUAGCACAACGGGCAUUUGUUCGGGCACAUUCUAAUUCGGGCAAGUAUUUAGAAGUUCGUGUUCUUUGUUUCAUCUGAUUUUGACGUAUGUGGCAAUGGCGAUUCAAUGGCAUCACUUGUGAAUACAAUCCGUUUAUGUGUGUUACUGUAAAUGUUUGAUGUUGUACAGUGUGUACACGAUUUGACGCAUCGUUCUAACCAAAACUGGGAAAAUAAAAGGGAUUCACUGACUUCAGGCAAAUCACAUAAAAUUUUCCCAAAAAAAAAAAAAACAGUUUGCAAUCGUUAAAUUGUCAAGUUUGUUUUCAAAAUAAAAGUGUUCAAUCAUUUGAUUCGUCUUCAGCCAAUAUUUAUUCUAUCGAAAUUGUCGUCUUGAAAAGUCAAAUUUCUUUUAUUCAGAAUUACUGUGUGUUAUUUAUUGUUAUCAUCAUCAUCAUUUUAAUCAUCAUCAUUAUUAAAAAUUCGAUUUUCGACGGUAUAUGUGAAUUUUUGCUAAAAGUUAAUUAAAAAGAAAAUUAGAAGUUCCAUAAUCAAAAGAAAAACCAUUGAUUAAUUGGAUUGAGUGUUGUUUAGAAUCGAUUGAAAGAGACAUUUUCUAAGAAAUUGUCAGCCCGUAAUUGAAAUCACAUGGAUUUUGAAGUGCUUACUCUUAUUCAAGCAAUAAUAACAACGAAGCCGUAUCAAUACUAAUUUUCAUACAGUGUUGUGCAGUGGUGAUUAUCUAUUCGGGUACAAACAGUUAAGGUGGAAUAAAUCACGUUUAUUCCGGAGUGUCGAAAAUAACGUCGAAUUCGAGUGUUUAUGCUUGUAUUUGUGUUUCGGUUCGCAUAAAUAAUGCCACGGGGUAAAAAGCGUUCGAUGGAUAUGACACCAGCUGAAGAGGAACGACAGACGUCCAAACGACAACGAAACAACUUUUCCAGUUCGAGGCGCACAAACAAAGUCGAAGAUGGAUUUAGUAGUAAACGUUGUCUCAGUUGGUUCAAGCAAUACACCACAGUCAAUGAACCAGACGUGCUCGGCCCAGAUGCAAUGGAACAAUUUUGCAAGGACAUUGGCGUAGAACCAGAAGAUGUUGUCAUGCUGGUGAUAGCAUACAAAAUGAACGCACGACAAAUGGGUUUCUUCACUCAGGCUGAGUGGCAAAAAGGUUUGACGGAUUUACAGUGUGAUUCAGCCAUAAAAUUGCAGUAUAAAUUAGACUCGUUAAGAAGCUCGUUGAAUGAUCAGAACGUGUUCAAAAAUGUCUACCGGUAUGCAUACGAUUUCGCGCGGGACAAGGAUCAACGAAGUAUGGACAUUGAAACGGCAAAGGCGAUGCUGCACCUAUUGUUGGGCAAACAAUGGCAAAUGUAUCCAGAAUUCGCACAAUUCUUGCAACAAUCAAAGUACAAAGUGAUCAACAAAGACCAAUGGUGUAACAUUCUCGAAUUCUCUCGCACCAUCACACCCGACUUGUCAAACUAUGACGUCGACGGCGCCUGGCCCGUAUUGCUGGACGAAUUCGUAGAAUGGUUACGUCAAAUACGCAAUAUCAGCUGAAGCUAAGCCUACCACAGAAAAGUCUGCACCAACAAUUUUCACCCAUAAAAUUCAUUGGCAGUUAGCACUUUAUAUGCAAACAAACAAACAAAAUAUUCAAAAUAUUUCUUUCUCUCUAACUCGGUUUUGUCUAUUUUCAAUUCACUGAGUGAAAUUCUUGGAAUUCAGUUUGAUAUUUAAAAAAAAAAAAAAGAAAUGAAAUGAAAAAGAAUAGUGAUAAAAAAAAGAAGCCAAUCAUUUUGAUGCGACUCCAUAAAACCAUACAAAGAAAACAAUCGAUACGCUUAAAGACGAAAUGUUCAGGUUUUGCCAGAUUGUAAUCUACUGUGAAUCUGGUCAUUUAGGUAGCAACCAAAAAAAAAAAAAACGUUUGUAAUCUUAUCGACAAAAAGGAUCUUGUAACGGAAGUCAUGUUUAUGCAACACAUAACAGAAUAAAACAUACAAUGAAAUUAAUAGGUUCUCAAUUCAGAAUUGAAAAUGCUCAAAGAUCAUAAAAAUCCUUUUUUUCCCCCAAUAAAUCCAAUUCAAAAUUGAUUUUCUUCAAUUCGUUUGGCUAUAUUUCAAAAUCAAAUUCAACAUUUCUGACAAUGAGUGAAAAUUUACCUAAAUUUUGUUAAGUAAAAAAGCGAAACAAUCUCACAUUUUGAUAUAUAUAUGCGACUUUUUAUGCCAAAAUCACACAGUCACACACAAAAUAUGGCAUAAAAAUGUCAUUCAAAGUAAUAAUUUGUAUCUAUUGAGAAUAAAAAGUACGGAAAUCACAUAACUAUUGAUUAGACCGAAAGGAGUGCAAAUUUGACAGUUUAGGCGCAAUGCACACAAGCAUCGCUACACUCGAAAUGACCAAAGCGCGAAUAUGUGUAAAAAAAUUUUUUUUGAAAGAUAUAUUCCUGUGCAUAACAGAGUAAAAUAGAGAAGAAAAAUAGGGACUUCACUUCCAAUUAUCAACGGGAACACAUAAAUCAACAUACUCUCCUUUCGAUCCAACCAAUAGCAUUUACUAUUAAAAAUAAAAAAAAUGUAAAAGUAUAACAUCAACACACCAUCAUAACCAAUCUACCACUAGUUCUAACGGCUAAAAUCACACUUGCAUUAUUUAACUUUUAAUCACACUGCUUUCAUCUGUACUGUACAUGUAAAAAAAAAACUAGUUUAAACAAAUCCAUGGUUUAAAAUAUAAAAUAGACCCAUAAUAAAGAAAAAAAACAAACAAAGAAA